GGCCGCACCGAGGGCGGAGUUGCGGCCCGAGGACGCGACGCGAGCCCAGUUCCGGCGAGGAGGCCGCGCCAGUGACAGCGAUGGCGGCGGAGUCGGCGCUCCAAGUUGUGGAGAAGCUGCAGGCGCGCCUGGCCGCGAACCCCGACCCUAAGAAGCUCUUGAAAUAUUUGAAGAAACUUUCCAUCUUGCCUAUCACAGUAGAUAUUCUUGUGGAGACUGGGGUAGGGAAAACAGUAAACAGCUUUCGAAAACAUGAACAAGUGGGGAACUUUGCCAGAGACUUGGUGGCCCAAUGGAAGAAGUUGGUUCCUGUAGAGCGAAACAGUGAAUCUGAGGAUCAGGAUUUGGAGAAGAGCAAUUCCCGAAAGCGCCCCCGAGAUGCUCUUCAGAGGGUGGAGGAAGUGGAGGGAGACUACCAGGAAAGCUGGAAAGCCUCUGGCAGCCGGUCCUACAGUCCUGAGCACAGGCAGAAAAAACACAAGAAACUCUCUGAGCCUGAAAGGCCUCACAAAGUGGCUCACAGUCACGAGAGGAGGGAUGAAAGGAAGAGGUGUCACAGAGUGUCACCACCAUAUUCUUCAGACCCUGAGUCUUCUGACUAUGGCCAUGUUCAAUCCCCCCCACCUUCCAGUCCACAUCAAAUGUACACCGACCACUCUAGGUCGCCAGAGGAGGACCAUGAGCCCAUCAUUUCACACCAGAAGCCUGGAAAAGUCCACAGUAAUACCUUUCAGGACCGACUAGGAGUUAGUCAAGAACGACACUUGGGUGAGCACCAGGGAAAAGGGGCUGCAAGCCAAAACAAGGAGCACAAAUCUUCCCACAAGGAGAAACGGCCUGUGGAUGCCAGGGGUGAUGAGAAGAGCUCUGCCCUGGGCAGAGAGAAAUCAUCACACAAGACCUCUUCCAAAGAGGAGAACCGAAGGCUGCUCUCAGGGGACAGUGCCAAGGGGAAGCCGCCCUCUAGUGUUGCCAAGAAAGAGAAGGACAGAGAGAGCAACAGUCUCAAGAAGAAGUUUUCACCUGCCUCAGAGGCUGUUUCAGAAAAUCACUUUAGAAAGCCCAAACACAAGGACUCCGAGAAGAGCAAGGCUGACAGGAAUAAGCCGAGUGCAGACGGCUUAGACUCGGGGCGGGGGACAGGGGACCUGCUGCUCAAAGCAAAAGAGAAAGCUCCCAACAGCCUGAAGACUCCAGAGGGAAAAGGAAGAACUAACUCGGAUCGAAAGUCACCAGCCUCGCUCCCUAAAGUAGAGGAGCCGGAGGUGGAUGACGAGUUUGAGCAGCCCACUAUGUCCUUUGAGUCAUACCUCAGCUAUGACCAGCCUCGCAAGAAAAAGAAGAAGGUUGUGAAACCCUCAACCACAGCACUUGGAGAAAAAGGACUUAAAAAAAAGGACUCCAAGAGCAUUAGUAAAAACUUGAACUCAGUUCAGAAAUUGCCCAAGGUCAAUGAAAACAAGUCAGAGAAGUCGCAGCCAGUGGGAGCCGAGCCUACUAGGUCUCGAAAGGCCCCUACUGAUGUGCUGCCAGCGUUGCCAGACAUCCCCUUACCUGCCAUACAGAGCAACUACCGUCCCCUUCCUUCCCUCGAGUUGAUUUCUUCCUUCCAGCCAAAGCGAAAAGCAUUCUCUUCACCCCAGGAAGAAGAAGAAGCUGGAUUCACAGGACGCAGAAUGAAUUCUAAGAUGCAGGUGUAUUCAGGUUCCAAGUGUGCCUAUCUCCCCAAAAUGAUGACCUUGCACCAGCAGUGUAUCCGGGUGCUUAAGAACAACAUCGACUCUAUCUAUGAAGUGGGAGGAGUCCCCUAUUCUGUUCUUGAACCUGUCUUGGAGAGGUGUACACCUGAUCAGCUCUAUCGCAUAGAGGAAUGCAAUCACGUAUUAAUUGAGGAAACAGAUCAGCUAUGGAAAGUUCACUGUCACCGAGACUUUAAGGAGGAACGACCAGAAGAGUAUGAGUCCUGGCGGGAGAUGUACUUGCGGCUUCAGGAUGCCAGAGAGCAGCGACUGCGCCUGCUCACCAACAACAUCCGGUCUGCACAUGCCAAUAAGCCGAAAGGACGACAAGCAAAGAUGGCUUUUGUCAACUCUGUGGCCAAACCACCUCGAGAUGUCCGACGAAGGCAGGAGAAGUUUGGAACUGGAGGAGCAGCUGUCCCUGAGAAAGUCAGGAUUAAGCCAGCACCAUAUACAACAGGAAGCAGCCAUGUUGCUGCUAGCAACAGCAGCAGCAGCUUCCACUCCAGCCCCGAGGAGCUGGCCUUUGAUGGGCCUAGUACCAGCAGUGCCCACUUAGCUCCAGUGGCUAGCAGUUCUGUUUCCUAUGAUCCCAGGAAGCCAGCUGUGAAGAAAAUUGCCCCAAUGAUGGCUAAGACAAUUAAAGCUUUCAAGAACAGAUUCUCUCGACGAUAAAUAAGACUUGCCUUGGAGGUGGAGUCUGGGAAGCAGAAAUACAGGGAUAGUAGGGACAAGAGAAGAGGAUGUCCACAGAAGACCCAUAUCUUUUGCUUUGUGGAACUUUUGGCCUCUGACUCCUGCACAGUUGCAGGUAUCUUCCUGUGUGCCACAACCCUGCACCCUGCCUGGAGCACACUUCAGAUUUCUGAAGACAGUAUGAAGCCUCAGUCUUACUGAGGACUUUAAGGUCAAUUAUACUUUUAUUGCUAAUUAACAUCUUUGUAAACUAUAAGACAUAGUUUUAAUUAAUAAAUAUUGCCCCCAGAUGUA